AUGGUAAAGCAGCGCAUGACAGCGCUCGACGUGCGGGCGUCCGUGGAGGAGAUGCGCAGGGAGCUGCAGGGCCUACGCCUGCUGAACAUCUACGACAUUUCCUCGAAGAUGUUUCUCUUCAAGUUCGGCCAUGGCGAGAACAAGAAGACGCUGUUGCUGGAGAGUGGCGUGCGCAUGCACCUCACGCAGCUGGUGCGGGAGAAGCCCAAGGUACCGUCCCAGUUCACGCUCAAGCUGCGCAAGCACGUCCGGGCGUGGCGCCUCGACGCCGUCACGCAGCUGCAGCACGACCGCACCGUCGACUUCCGCUUUGGUGUUGGAGAGGGCGCGUCGUACCACAUCAUCAUUGAGCUCUUCUCGAAGGGCAACGUUGUACUGACGGACCACGAGUACCGCAUCAUGCUGCUUCUGCGCACGCACAGGGACGACGACAUUAGGAUGUUCGUGCGCGAGCUGUACCCCGUGACAAAGCCCUUCGAGCAGCGCGAGGCGGAGCAGCAGCAGACGGAGCAGCGGCGCACGGAGGCGCUGCGGCAGGAGUGGGGCGCGGUGUUUGCGCGCCACGCCGACUACGAGACGACGCGCUCGACGCUGUCGGCGGUGCACCACUUUGGCCCCGACCUCGCCGACCACAUCUUGACGGUGACGGGCGUGAAAAACGUCAAGAAGGGCGACAUGACGUGCAGCGGGGCGGAGAUGUUCGAGCAGCUGCUGCCGGGCAUGCUGCAGGCGUGGGAUAUUGCAUUCUCAGCACUGCCGCCUGGCGGAUAUUUGAUCCACAACAAGAACAAGCAAGGCAAGAAGAGAAGGGGUGGCGCCAAUGCCGACCAACAACAACAACAACAGCAGCCGCAGCCACAAGUGGAAGAGGGGGAGCCAAAUGCCGGCGGGGGUGCGGCGCUGCAGCCGCAGGUGGUGCAAUACGAUGACUUCAGCCCAGUGCUGCUCGCGCAGUACCGCAGCGACGGUGUUGUGACGUCGUACCGCGACAGCUUCGGUGGCGUGUGCGACGCCUUCUUCCUCUACACCGAGACGGAGAAGAUCGAGCAGCACAAUGAGAAGAAGACGACCUCGGUGCUCUCCAAGCGGGAGAAGUUUGAACGCGACCACCAGCGCCGCCUCACCGCGCUGGAGCAGGAUGAGCUGGAGAACCAGCGCAAGGGCGAGUGCAUCAUUCAGAACGCCGACAAAAUCGAUGAGGCGAUUGGGCUCAUCAAUGGCGCACUUGCCGCGGGCAUUCAGUGGGACGCGCUGCGGCUGCUGCUGAAGCGGCGCCACGCGGAGGGCCAUCCGGUGGCGUACAUGGUGCACGAGCUCUUCCUCGAGCGCAACAGCAUCAGCGUGCUGCUGGAGCGUGGUGACCAGCAGGAGAAGGAGGAUGAGGACGAGGAGCGAGAGGAAGACUGCGACGUGGCGCCGUGCGUCAUUGAGGUGGAGCUCAGUAAAACGGCGUACGCCAACGCGGCGACGUACUUUUCAAAGAAGAAGGCGAAUCGCCUGAAGCACGAGAAAACUAUUGCAGCAACAGCAAAGGCGCUGGCGGGGGCGGAGAAGAAGGGCGAGCGGCUCGCGGCAAAGCAGCAGACCAAGAAGGCUAUUGUGAAGGAGCGGCACCGCCUUUGGUGGGAAAAGUUCACGUGGUUCCGCACCUCCUGUGGUGACUUUGUGCUGCAAGGGAAAGAUGCACAGACGACGGAGAUUCUCGUUCGGCGUGUCAUGCAGCUCGGCGAUGUGUUUGUGCACUGCGACGUGGACGGCGCGUUUCCAUGCGUCUUGCGACCCGUCGGCUCCGCGUGGACCACCGCGUUCACUGCUAAGGAGGAGGAUAAGGGUGGGCCACAGGAGGAACAACAACAGCAACAGCAGCAGCAGCAGCAGCAGAAGAGGAAUGAAGUCACCGCGAGAACGUGUCCUGUGCACUUGACGAGUCUCGACGAGGCCGGGGCGUGGUGCGUGAGCCGCAGCUCGGCGUGGGAGAGCAAGUUCAGCGUCGGCGCGUGGUGGGUGCAUGCGUCGCAGAUUGUCGGCGGCACCGCGACGGGCUGCUACUUGUUUGAGGGGCAGAAGCAAUACCUUCGGCCGCAGCCGCUCACGCUGGCGUGCGGUCUCCUGUUUCGCGUCACGUCGCGCGGCAUUGAUCCGACGGACCGCGAGGAGCUGCAGAACUUCGUUCCCGAAGGCGAACGCCGCCCGGCAGAGGCGGAGGGCGGCGCAUUUCUGCUGCCCGACACCGCCACCGCACUGCACCCGCUGCCGUCCGUCGAGGAGCUGCGCGGGCCCCGUCGCCGCCCUCCUUUUUCUCUCCCUCCGCAGCAGAAGCAGAAGGAACAGAAGCACCAGCUGGAGAAGCAAAAACAAAGUGGCGGAGAGAAGGACGCGCCUUCUGCUCCCUCAUGUGCCUCUGCUGCAAGGACAACGGCGGCAGCAGAAUCCGCAGCUGGGGGUGCCAAGGGCGGCGCGGCAGUGGCACCAGGCACGAAACAGUUGACGAAGCACCAGCGAAAGAAGCUGAAGAAGAUUCAGGAGAAGUACAAGGACCAGGACGAGGAGGACCGUCUGCGCGGCGCCUUUCUUAACGGCAAUCGGCUGUCGAAGGUGCAGCAGGAGAUACUGGCGCUCGAGCGGGAGAAGGCGAGGGAGAAGCACCAGGACCCGGUGCUGCCGACGGCCGGUGACAAGGACCAUACCAACAACAAUGACGAGGAAGAAGAAGAGGAGGAUGUGGAGGUUGUGUCACACUUUGACGAUGAAGAAAGGGAGGUGGAUGGACAUCGUUCCCCCUCUGCCGGCAGCAACGAAUCACAGGCUGAAGAGCAGGCGGCGGAGCAGCACGAACGCGAAGGUGAAGCUCAACCGCAACAAGGGAAGCAGAAGGAGCGGGCCAACCCAUCGCAGUCACGCGCGGCUCCCGCCGCUGUGGAGGCUGCUCGUGUCGCGAACGACGCGGAGCUGCGCCGUGAAUGGCUGCACUUCACAUCGCGGCCACAGCCGACGGAUCACGUAGAGUACGCCGUGGCGGUGUGUGCACCGAUGAGUUGCGUCAUCACUUACAAAUACCGCGCGGAGUUAUCGUGCGGCACUGCGAAGAAAGGCCAGGUGGUGUCGAGCCUGCAGGCGCACUUCGCCGCGCUGACCGCUGGUGGUGAAAACGCGUCGGAGGUUCAGGCGGUGCGCUCCCUGGAGUCGAAUGACUUAAUGGAGCAACUGCGCGGCAACUUAAAGCGGCUGAACACGCGGCAGGUCAAGUAG